UCGGGUCAUUGUAGCAACCACUGCCAGAGAGAUUUUCGGAAAGAACGGAAUCAAAGGGACCGCGGGAAAGCGCGCUGGAACACUGAUACAUGUAACAUUUGGGAAUGACUGCCCUUAUAUCACUAAAACUACCGGAGGCGCGUUAAUUUCCUUUUACUGCUUCCACCUGCACUUAUUUAGACUUUUUACUGUUGUUGUGCUUUUUUAAUAGACUCUAUUUUAAUUGAACGGUUUUAAUAUACAUAACGUUUUUUACGAAACGGCAUUUGCGAUGGCUGACAGCAAACAUCAAGUGAUAUUUUGUAACGAUUCGCCAAAAAGAGUUCUUGUCUCCGUGAUCAAGACAACCCCCAUUAAACCCAAAUCCGUGGACUCUCUCAUGCCCACCAGCCCAGGCUUCAGUGAUUUCAUGGUUUAUCCGUGGAGGUGGGGAGAAAACGCGCAUAAUGUCACUUUGAGCCCCGGAUCGGGCAGCGGAACAGCCUCACCCACCCGAAACAGCUCCUGUCCUGCCGAAACGGAUGUCAACGCCUGUCCGGAACACUUAAAGGAUGGUAUCCGGCGUGGACGCCCGCGGGCAGAUACUGUACGAGAACUGAUCAACGAGGGCGAAAACUCCACCAGUCGCAUUCGCUGCAACAUCUGCAACCGAGUCUUUCCCCGGGAGAAGUCGUUACAGGCGCACAAACGCACACACACAGGGGAAAGGCCGUACCUGUGUGAUUAUCCAGACUGCGGGAAAGCCUUCGUCCAGAGCGGACAAUUAAAGACACAUCAGCGCCUUCACACUGGAGAGAAGCCCUUCGUCUGUUCUGAGAAAGGGUGCGGUAGCCGAUUUACUCACGCCAACCGCCACUGCGCCAAACACCCGUAUGCCCGACUGAAGCGAGAGGAGCCCACGGGCGAAGCGGGCAAAUCGCAGGGAGCCGAUAACAAGGCUGUGGCUGAAUGGCUGGCAAAGUACUGGCAGACGAGAGAGCAGCGCACACCUGCACCAGGUAAAGGAAAGAUACUGAGUAAAGACGCUAUUGACCAAGAGCAGCAAGACCCUUUAGACUUCCUGCCGUCUGACGAAGGCGAAGACGACGAAACGGACGAGGAAAAGAGCAACGCUGCGGGCGGAACGGCCCGCCGGCGUCUACAAGAACAGAGAGAACGACUCCACGGCGCCCUCGCGCUCAUCGAGUUAGCCAACAACCUCUCCGCCUGAGAAAACCCCCCCCCGCUUAAUUCUGUACAGAACGAGUGUUUGACAGGAAGUUUAAACCAGCCUAAGCUGGACUGCUGGAUUAAGAGGGAUUUUGGCCACUUGUCAAGACGGGAUCCCAGCAAACCAUCUUAGACUGGUUUAAGCGGUUUUUGGGAGGUCUGUCGUUGACCUGAAAAAUUGUACACACGAUUCACGACCCUCGCACUUCUAGCUAGUGCACUGCCCGGGUUGAUAUAAGCUACAAGCACCUUAUUUUGCUUCCUGUUGUACCUUUAGGCUGCUAUGAUGGUAGAUGAUGUCAUUAUAUGAAGAAUGUUGUUGUGUUUGGUUUUGUUUUCUCAGCUUAUCAUGGAGGUGAGAUGCGUUUUGUUUUUAUUUGUUGUGCACUUUGUGUUAAUGAUUUGUUUGUUGUUGUUUUGGGUUUGUGGGUGGAGUCGGUUUGUAUGUGACAUUAAAUUUUGUGCGUCAAAGGAUGUGUGUUUUGAAACCGGGUGCGGUGACCAUGACCAACAUGCUAACGACGAAGACGUGGAUAUUAUUUCAAAUGGCUCGGAAAGGAGAAUAGACAUGAAGCCCGCUUGCUUUCGUAGGUUACUGCAGCGUUAGUCUGGAUUCUCCAUCACAUCGAUCCACUGACAUUAAUCAUGUAUUUAUUAUAUUUAAACCAGUCAGAAUAGUUGCUCGGGUUCUGGCUUUGCAAUAACGCUGAUAAACGAACCCGCUUUGACCCGGCAGCACAAUCGGCUCCAUCUAAAUAUAUGUCGCAAAGGUACACGUUUAUAUACUAGGAGAACUCGAGUUAACGAGUGAACCUAUGAACCGAAGCACUUACGAUAUUAAUCUAUAACGUCUCGCUUCAACAGCUGUACUUAAGAACGCUCCAGAACGGUGAUGUCUGCUUCCAAAGAGUGAUUGAUGAUCAAAUGAGAUUCUAGAUGUGGACGAGGAAUCGUACGGCACUUGUUUUAGUUUUUUUAGUUUGUUUGUUGUUCUCGUAGUAGUUCUGCUUGAUGUUCUAAUGAGCACCUGAUGCGGCGUCUUCAUUAUCUGCAACACUACAUUCUGUUCAAGUGCUUCACUGCCAUUUUAUUUUAGUAAUCGGUUGUUGAAUUUCAUGGUCGAUGAGGCUGCCGCGUAACUGGAAAGUAUUUUACCGAUAAAGUUAAUCAGAAAUGACGUUUUAUAGACAUUGCUCUUAGUUGUAGUCAAAUGCAAGUUUUUCAAAUUCAAGUAAUAUAUUCCACAGAAUUCUUUGGAAGUCCGUGCACGAUGUCGUCUUAAAAAAAAAAAAAAAAACGAAAAGAUUCCAGGUGUUGACGUUUCGAUGUUACGCAUUACGACAACCGAAUGUAAACGUGUUUUUUGUAUUUUUUUAUUUCGACAAUGUGUUUUUGUUUGCUGGGCUGGAAAGACUUUGUAAACGUGUAAGCGGGCUUUUCCCUUAUCGGCCAAACUUGGUGUUAACACU